AUGCUGUUGCUGUUGCUGUUGCUGUUGCUGUUGCUGUUGCUGUUGCUGUUGCUGUUGAUGUUGCUGGUGUUCUGUACAAAUGAGCUGCGCAGCCCCACAGCUCAACGGCACAACUCAAUCGCCACAGCUCAACGGCACAACUCAAUCGCCACAGCGAACCCAGCACAGCACAAGGCACGGAUCCCAAGCUGCAGCAGCAAAACGCAAGACUGGCGCUCCAACAAGGCCGAGGCCGCCCUCUGUUUUGUGAAGACCGCGAAGGGUCCUGUUGUUGUGUUGGUCACAGACGCGCUGCAACACGGUCGCGUGGUGGCCGACAAACAAAUCAGGGAGCGGGAGCAGGAGGCCGACCGUAAACGACUCAAAAAGUCGCAGUCCGAAGUUGAAUCUCUCAAUCGUCGCUUGGGCUUUCUUCGGCAAAAGCUUUCACACCCAUCAACCUCGCUGCACCAGCAAGAAACCGUUGUGACCCGCAUCCAGAAUAUUGAGCAGCAGCUCGAGACAGCAACGGAAGAGCGCAAUCAGAUCUUGCAUCGAAUUGAAGCGAGGACUCAGCAAUCAAGUCGUUCGGGCGAGUUGAACAGCCUAGAGUCUGAGACAGAGCACGAGCGACUGAUUCGCAUCGGAAUCAUCACUCCGUUCCAGAAAGCACCCGGUGUCGAUGCGCGAGCAGCCCGCAAAUCGCCCUCGGCCACUGCUUCGUCUGCAGCAGCCCAGACCGCCAUCCUUAUCAGUCAGAUCAUCGACCAAGAGUCUGAACAGUCUAGUGAAGCAAUCGCCGAUGCUCUCGCUCCUGCUUACCCUGCGUCGCCGGCUCAUGGCGAAUCAGGUCCAUUCUCAAGCAGUGCUGGCCAGCACACGACCGCCUCUCGCAAGCGCCCUCGACCAGACGAAAGUCAUCAAGAUUCCGAUUUUAGGCCCAAGGACGAGGACGACCUAGAGGUCGAGUCUAAAGCCGAUUCAGAGUCGAGCUACGAUGAUACUGAUCUUGUUCGAUCUGGGGCAGCAAGCCAUCGUCGAUAUCGGGUCAAAUCUGUGGACGACGGCGACGAGCUUGUGUACCAAAAGCGAUUGGAGAAAUGGCUUACUCAAGAGGCGAUCCAUCGCGAGCUCCUGCAGGAUAUUGAGUCAGAGAUGUAUUCGCGCUCCCCAAACAAUGACGACGUAGACUAUGGUGACGGCUACCGACUACCUGGAGAUGUCUAUUCCAAACUAUUUGAAUAUCAGCAAACGUGCACGCGCUGGCUAUGGGAGCUCUACUGCCAAGAUGUAGGCGGGAUCAUCGGGGACGAAAUGGGACUCGGUAAAACUAUACAGAUCAUCGCGUUUCUCGCUGGCCUGGGUGCCUCAAAGCUUCUAAAGGGCCCGAUUCUUGUUGUGUGUCCAGCGACGGUAAUGCGUCAGUGGCUCUCGGAAUUUCACAAGUGGUGGCCUCCGUUUCGUGUGGCAAUUCUGCACUCCUCCGGAACGGCUAUCGCCAACGCACCGGCCAAUGAGAGCUCCGAUGACGAUAGCGGCUCUCCCCUCAACGUAUUCCAAGCCAAACCGACGCGGAGCCAAACAUCGACUAAGCAGCGUGGGAAGCACAAGGCCCAAGAUGCGAAAAACGUUUUGGCUCUGAUUGAGAAAAUAGUUUCCAAGGGACAUGUACUCAUCACAACUUAUGCGGCAAUACGCAUCCAUGCCGAGUCGCUCUUGCCCGUCAAAUGGGGCUACUGUGUCUUGGAUGAAGGCCACAAGAUCAGGAAUCCUGACACUGAGGUCACUUUGGUGUGCAAAAAGAUUAAGACCCCCCACCGUAUCAUCCUCUCAGGCACGCCCAUCCAAAACAACUUGACCGAGCUAUGGUCGCUCUAUGACUUUGUGUUUCCUGGACGACUCGGGACACUCCCCGUGUUCCACAAUGAAUUUGCAGUUCCUAUCAACCUCGGUGGAUAUGCAAACGCGAGCAACCUCUCGGUCCAAACAGCGUACAAGUGUGCAUGUGUUCUUCGCGAUCUCAUAACACCGUACUUGCUUCGGCGUAUGAAAGUCGAUGUGGCGACCCAGCUUCCUGGAAAGACCGAACAGGUUUUGUUCUGCAAGCUUACUCAGGCCCAAUUGGAUCGCUACCGGGAGAUAUUGGCCAGUCCUGAUAUCGCUGCGAUUCUCGAUGGUCGACGACAUGCGCUGUAUGGCAUCGAUCUCCUGAGGAAGGCUUGCAACCACCCUGAUUUAUGCUUCAAAGAGCUGAUUGCCGAGAGUAACAGUCCAGAGUACGGCGAUCCAAAGAAGAGUGGCAAGAUGAAAGUGGUCAUUGCAUUGUUAAGGAUAUGGAAAAGGCAGGGGCACCGCGUUUUGCUAUUCUGUCAAACUCGACAGAUGCUGGAUAUACUCGAAAAAUGCGUUCGAGAAGAAGAAUAUGCAUAUAGGCGGAUGGACGGAACCACGGCGAUUCAAAAUCGGAUUGCUAUGGUCGAUGAAUUCAACGGCAAUACCGAGUUAUUCAUCUUUCUACUCACCACCAAGGUCGGGGGCCUCGGCAUCAACCUGACCGGAGCUGAUCGAAUCAUCAUUUUCGAUCCAGAUUGGAACCCAUCAACUGAUAUGCAAGCUCGCGAACGGGCUUGGAGAAUCGGACAGACACGUGAUGUUGUUGUGUAUCGGCUCAUGACCUCUGGAACGAUCGAAGAAAAAAUCUAUCAUCGGCAAAUAUUCAAGACGUUCCUCACCAACAAAAUCUUGAAGGACCCAAAGCAGAAGCGGUUUUUCCAGCGACACGAUCUGAAGGAGUUGUUUCGGCUUGGUGAUGCAGCCUACGAAGGACAGGAUGACCAGGAUAACUUGCCGCAAAGUCGGACUCACGCUGCCCGAGAGCACACGAAUGCUGAAGAAAUCACAGCAAACGAGAGUACGGCGAUUCGAGGAAUCGAAUAUUUGGAUAAGGUGGAUGACUACCGUGAACGACUCCAAGAGGAUGAGCCUGUUGUUGGCGGGCGUGCUGCGGACGACGACGAUAUAUUGCGCGCACUCUUCGCCAAGGGAGUCCACAGUGCGGUCCACCACGAUGCCAUUGUCGAAGGAACCACUGCAGAAAGCGCAAUGAUCGAACAAGAGGUCGAACGGAUCGCUGGCGACGCACUUCGGGCCCUCAAAGAGAGCCGCAAGCAGGUCCGGCGUGCCGAGAUCGGGACAGUUACGUGGACCGGCCACAGCGGAAAUGCUGUCCAGCGACCCACAUCAAUUCGUCGCUCUCCAAAGAGACAAAAAGCCUUCCAUCAGCACGAUGCACCUUCGAUGGUGUUUGGCGUCGCUCCAGAGCGGCUUGGAACUUGA